AUGGUUACCCAAUUGACAGGUGAGGGAAAUUACCCAAUUGACUGGUUUACCAAUUGGUUGGUGUUCGAUUACCACCCUGUUGUAUCAGACCCCGAUGGGAAGAGACGGCCCACGUGUUCCCCGAGAGAGGAAACCCGUGUCCUUGGAAAAGAGGAUCCUGGUAGUAGAGGGGCAUCCCGGUACCUCAACACACUGCUUUGGGCUCGUGCUUCUGUUAAACGGGAGAUGCAUAUUGUACAUNACCGAAGAAAACUAUUAACACCGACUUUUCAUUUUCGAAUAUUAGAAGAUUUUGUGCCAGUAUUUUCUGAUCAAUCGAAUAUUCUUGUUUCACGUCUUCGUAAACUUGAGAAAGAUUCAUGGAAUGAUGUUGUUCCUCUAAUUACUGCUUGUACUCUAGAUAUUAUUUGUGAAACAGCUAUGGGCGUAAGAAUAAAUGUGCAAUCCGGUGGAUGCAAAGAGUACGUUCAAGCGAUUCAUGAAAUCGGUGAUAUAAUUUUAUUCCGCAUCCUGAGGCCUUGGCUUUUAUCAGAUUUCAUUUUUAAACUUUCGUCAUCUGGUAGACAGUUUUUCAAAAAUGUAAAUAUUAUUCAUCGCUUUACUAGAAAAGUUAUAAAAGUAAAGAAAUCUGAAAUGAUAGAAAAUAAUCAUUUAGUAAAAGAGUGGAACGUAAUUGCCAAUGACAGCCCUUCAAAUACAAGCCGCCGCAAAGCUUUUCUGGAAUUACUGUUAGAGCAUCACAUUAAAGAUCCAUCAUUUACGGAAGAAGACAUUAGAGAGGAAGUAGAUACUUUUAUGUUUGAAGGUCAUGAUACAACAGCUAUGGCCAUUUCUUGGGCAUUAUAUUUCGUUGGAUUAGAUAAACACGUACAGGAAAAAAUACACGAAGAAUUGGAUGGAAUAUUUGAAGGUGAUAAUGAAAGAGAUAUUGACCGUGAUGACUUAUUGCGUAUGAAGUACUUGGAAUGUGUCAUUAAGGAAACUCUUAGAUUACAUCCUUCAGUGCCUUUCAUAGGUAGAGAAGUUAGAGAAAACUUCAAAGUGUUGGACUACGAAGUUGAAAAGGGAUGGGCUUGCUUUAUAUUUACAUUUAUGCUUCAUAGAGAUCCCGAAUCAUUUCCUGAUCCAGAAAAGUUCGACCCCAAAAGAUUUUUUCCCGAAAACGCAGCGGGAAGGCACCCAUACGCCUAUGUGCCUUUCUCAGCCGGGCCAAGGAAUUGUAUAGGUCAGAAAUUUGCUUUAAUGGAGGAAAAGACUGUGCUCGCAAACAUAUUCCGGUCUUUUGAAGUAACAUCCAAGGACCCCAGAGACAAAGUUAAUGUUUCUCCUAGCCUCGUUUCCAGAAACCUUGAACCGCUCAUGCUAAGAUUCACACACCGAAAUAUAAGAUGAAUUUCAAAUAAGACAAUUAUUACUGAAAGGUACUCUAAAAAAUCUCUCGUCAGGAAAAAAACGAGUUUAAGCUAGUACUGAUGUAAUCGCGAAAUCGUUUGUAAAGGUAAAAUGCAUUUUGUGGAUAUUUGGCCUUCUCACUAAAAAGAAGGAAAAAAAACAAUGUAUAAAGGUCUAGUGCAAUCCAAAUAACGGUUCUAUUGCGAAUAUAAAUAAUUUCAAAUAAUAUUAUUUUAUGCACGUUACUUGUCUAACUCACACUUGUAGUAAUUAGUUAAUGGAAUCAAGUUUUACUGAUUGCACGCAUUGAUUCAUGAUUUUUUUACUAUGUCUAAGAAUUAAGUAAAAAAGGUAUGUGUUGCACAUGAUAAAUUAGGAAACAAUGUUUGGAUAUUCAUAAAAAAUAAAUUUAUUGAAUUGACUAUAAAUAAAACUUUGUGCAUUGUUUAAUUGUUCACUAGGAAUAAUUUUUCUUUUCUGAUUUUUCGUUGGCGGUUUCUUUAUGCAGAAAUAUAGCAUCUACAGUCAGCCCAACUUGGCAAUUUUUUUGAAGUUAUUGCGCGUUAAAGUUGGUUGGCGAUAACUUAUUCGUAGACCACGGCUUACAAAAUGACGCAGUUCAAUCCAAACGUUGAAAUUCAUCUUUAAAUGUUUUAUGUUUUGCUUUUUAAACAAUUAUAUUUAAUGCUGUAAGUUUGUUUCCUUUUCUGUUCAAACAGUAGCCAGAACUUUUUUUCCAAAUCAUUAUUAUUAGUAAAUUAAAAGAUAUCUUGUUUCUGGUUGUUUCUCUGUAAACUGCAUCUCCUUAAGAUAAACACAGUUUCAACAACCCUCGAUAACUCAAUUAUCUCUAUUCGUUGAAUUGCCUUUUCUUAAAUAUGUAACAUCGACGUUUAAAUUAUAUAUAGGAUGCUAUUGCUUGAUUUUAUUAAUCCUAUUUCAUGUGAUAUGAAAAUUUCUUCAUUCGUACUUAAAUCUCAUUCUAAAAAAAUUAAUUUAAAUUUCCACUACAUGUAAUUAGUCUAAACUUACUACUAUUGUACUCUAAGUAUAAGCAAAAUCUGAAUUCGUUACUUGAUUAUCAAGUCACUUAAACGGCCAUUGCACUAAGAAAAUACUUUUUUAAUCAAAGUAAAGGUAGGCAGGUACGUUAUUUAACCUACAUUUAAAGAAUCGGUGCAGUGGGUGAAUGGAAUCAAUCCUCUUUGCUCUCUGUGUUACAGAAACAAUUUCUGUAUUAACUGAAUAUGCAAGUUGUGAUAAGAUUCAAUAUUUGUACUUGGUCAUAUUUAUUUAUAUCUUGCAUUUCGAGCUUCAUUAUUGUUCAAUAUUAUGCUUCAUCAUUAUUAUGUCAUCAUUAUGCUUCAUUAUUGUUCUGGGUUUGAAUUGUAUUUUUGUGUUUUGAUUGUUAUGUGAUUAAUGAUGUAAAUACUUCUUUUUAUUGUAUUUAUUCUUUCAAUAACUUCAGAUGACACAUCAAUAAUUUGUUGUGAUGUUUGAAUAAGAUUUGUUUAUUGUAAGAGGAAAUUUAAUAAAUGUAUGUGUGACUGUU